AUGGGGAAGCAUGGAAAACAUUUGAUCAAAAGUUUCAUACUUUUGCAUCAGAUUCCAGAAAUGUUAAGGCUUGGGUUAGCUACUGAUGGAUUCAAUCCUUUUGGGGCUAUGAGUACAAGUUAUAGUAUAUGGCCAGUUCUUUUGUUUCCAUACAAUCUCCCUCCAUGGAUAGCAAUGAAGCAGUCUUCAACAAUAUUGUCAAUGAUUAUUCCAGGAAAACAAAUGCCUGGGAAUGAUAUUGACGUUUACUUGCAGCCUUUGAUCAAAGAACUGAAAGAGUUAUGGGAUGAUGGUGUUCAAGCAUUUGAUGCUUCAACAAAGGAGAUGUUCUGUUUGCGUGCAGCUUUGAUGUGA